CUCGUCUCGGAUAUCUUCAGCAUCGACCGAUGCCGGUGACGGACGAUUUCGAAGACUAUCAUGAGGAUAUCCCAAACAUGCUUGUCGCCGUGCGUGUUCGACCAAUCUCGCAGACUGAGCAACUGAAUGGACAUCGAAGCUGCUGCCGCGUGGCUGGCGACCAGACUGUCGUCAUCGAAAAGCAUGGCAUACCGUUGCGGCACCUGAAGAGUCAGCGAGGGUUCACCAACGAGUAUGCUUACGACAUGGCGUUUCCCGACUACGCAACCCAAGACGAGGUGUACUCGAAAACCGUGCGCAACAUCAUUCCGACAAUUUUGAAAGGCUUCAACGCAACAAUCUUUGCGUAUGGCGCGACGGGAGCAGGUAAAACGCACACCAUGAUGGGCUCCGAGCGAGAUGGCAGCGACGACAACCAACUGGAUCAUCACGACGACGACGACGAUGUUCCCCAUGUGGAUGGCAUCAUUCCACACUCUCUCACAGACAUCUUCCGGUUAAUUUCACGAGCACGCGAGGAAGAAGCGGAAGCCGCGGUGGCGGAAGGUCUUGGCUUCAAUUGGACCGUUGUCGUGACAUACCUCGAAGUGUACAACGAGCAAAUUCGCGACCUCCUGCACCCGUCGAACCGUCCGCUGGCAUUGCGUGAGGACCCAGUCAAGGGCGUGGUCCAUGUCGCAGGACUACACCACGUCGUCGUCGAGUCGUCGACGCAAGUGUUGCAAUUGCUCCGCAUGGGUAAUCGGAACCGCCGGACAGAGUCUACGGCGGCAAACCAGGUCUCAUCUCGGUCUCAUGCUGUGCUGCAAGUCACAGUCAAGCACACGACGACGACGAUGCUCCGUCAAAACAAUCCUCACGAAGCCACCACGGAAGGCGUCCUGUCGCUCAUUGAUUUGGCGGGGUCCGAGCGAGCAUCCAACACGCAGAACACGGGCCUUCGCUUGACGGAAGGCGCCAACAUCAACAAGAGUCUCCUAGCAUUGGCCAACUGCAUCAAUGCGUUGUCGUCGUCAAUGAAGGAGCGGCGACGGUCAGACUCCUCUGUGACAUUACGCAUGCGAGAAAAACCAGCGCCGCGGACCAAGUACCGCGACAGCAAGCUCACUCACUUACUCAAGAGCUCGUUGGAAGGUGACUGUCGGCUCGUCAUGAUCGCCAACAUCAACCCAUCACAUGCAUGCUUCGAAGAGACCCACAACACACUCAAGUACGCCAAUCGCGCCAAGAACAUCCGAAUUCGACCAAAGAAACACGUCGUGACCGCUGAAAUGACACACAUCCAACGCGCCGAUCGACUCGAACAAGAGAACGCGGCAUUGCGACAAGCCCUGCAAGAAGCUCGGGGCGGCGUCAAGCGCAAAAGCAUCGACGACAACAUGUUAAACGGCCUUGAGUUGGAUGCUGACGCGAAGCGGGCAAAACAUCAUGUGUCCACUGCAUUUCAGCGUACGAUCGAUCAACUGACGCGAGAGAAGCGAGAGCUUCAGUCACGUGUCAACGAGCUCGAGGCGGAGAAUCGCAGGUUGAAGAUGCUUCAGAACGGGCCUCGACGGAUUAGCAUUGCCAGCAACCAGCAACUUCGCAGUGCGGUGCAUCCUGUCGCGAGUGCAUUGCCCAAAUCGAGGCAAAGCAUGAUCCCACGCCUCAACGCAACCCCCACGAGAAACGACGUCGCAAUGUAGCGACGUCGGGUUUGAUAUUUUACUUCUUUUUGGGUCCAUCUUUACCCAAACAACAACCCCUUGGCUUCUUGGAGCGUUGUCAUGACUUCACCCAGCGACGUGUGCAGUUGUGAACGGUACUUGAUCGCACACACGGCUGCGACAGCUGCAGCACCAAUGAUCAAGGGGGUAGUUGGAUCGGCUAGAAAUGACGUCGAGGAGGCACCGCCAGAGGAGGAAAUGUUGUGGGGCGUGAUGGACCGAGGCGACCUUGGCGCGGGAAUAUCAGUGGUCUGUGGCGAAGGAAUGUCCGUGACUGCCUGUGCCGAGUGUGAUGGACGCUUGAGAAUGUGCUGCUCCACGAGGUCGACGACUUUGGACUUGGAAUUGUCUGUCAAGGUUGUGUUACGUUGAAUGAAAUCGAGCAACGUCUGUUUGUUGGUGGAGAUGGUCAUUUCUUCGCCGAGCCAAACUUUCGUCACCAGCGCAAUUAGCAUUUCCUCGUACUUCCGAUAUGCGAUGGUAGCGUCGUGUGCGGCAUCCACCUCGAGGGCCGCCAGGGUGCGCGUGAAGAGUUCUUGAGAUUCAGUUUUGUAACCCAUAGCUGCAAGAAAUGAUCCCCAGUGCAGUCCGACGUGGUAAGGAACCGGGGAGAGUAUGCGCAGAGCAUCUGCCAGCAAGAGGAUUUCGUCGGGCUCGUUGAGCUCAAAUGUGGACUGCAUGUAGACCGCAAUUGCACGCUCCGUCUCGUCGUCGAGAACAGAGGCUGAGUCAUCCACGGCCACAUGCACCCCUUUCCCAAGUAAGGGCAGGUUCGUCUUGGCAGCGAUC